AUGGAAGGAGUUAAAGCUGAACUUGUACCGCCGUCGAAUAAUGAUUUGGAAAAAAUUCAAAUUAAUUUAGAGGAAAAUAUUUUUGAAUUAAUUGAUUUAUGUUUAUACGAAGAUUCUAAUAAAAAUAUUGAUGAAAAUUUAAAUUUAUUUAAUCCAAAAAUGAAGCUUGCUAAUGAUUUGGGUAAUUAUGGAGGAUUAAUUGCAGCAAAAAUUUGGACAAAUGACGAAUUAACAGAACAUAUAAUUAUUGAUAUUUUGCCUAAAGUUGAAAGAAUUAAAACAAUAAUUGAAAGAGAAGUAGGAAAUGAUUUGAAAGAAAAUUAUUUUUUUGGAAAGAAAAUUGUAAUUGGAAUUGAAAAUAUUUUAAAUAAAUUUUUAAUUAAAAAAAGAGAAGAAAUAAAUAAAAUUAAAAAAUCAAAACAAUUCUCAAAAUAUUUAAAAAUUUUCUCUUGUGGUAUUGUUAGAAAAGAUUGUUUAGAGAAGGAAAGAAUUAAAGAAAAAAUGUUAAAAUUGGAAAAUGAAGAAAAAUUUUUAAAAACUUUAAUUGAAAAAUAUUCGAAGAUUUUAAAGUUAGCCAAAGAAUUAAUAGAAAAUUUUAAAGAAGUAAUAAGUGAAAUUAAUGUAUGUAUUAUUUUAAUAUAUUAA